CAAUUUGUCAUUUACCGUUAACGGCGUUGCUGCCCUCAAUUGACUCGUUUAAUCCAAUAUCCCACCUAAUUUUUUAUUUUAUUAAUUUUCUAUUUCUGAACGCCAUCGAAUCCGUUAUAAACACACUCCCCAUUCAACUCUUCAUUCAUUCCGCAAUCACUUGCUUCUGCUUCAAUUUCGAUAUUCACGCUCCAGCAGAAGAAGGAAUAUUGAGAUUGUGGAGUUUUGUUUGUGAAAAUGGCGACCGGAGCUGCUCCUGCUUCCUUUAUGAGUUUAAAGGGCAGGGACAACGGUUUAGGGUUUGCAAAAGCUUCGGAUUUUGUUAAGGUUUCGGAUCUGAAGAGGGUUAAGUCUCAUAGAACCAAGGUUUUUGUGGUAAAAAACUCAAAGCCGAGUUCGGAUAUCGCAGAAUUCCGGCCUGCUUCUGAAGGGAGUCCUCUGUUAGUGCCUGUGCAGAAGUAUUGUGAAUCCACACAUCAAACCAUCAGGAGGAAAACCCGCACCGUAAUGGUUGGAGAUGUAGCUCUUGGUAGUGAUCACCCCAUAAGAAUUCAAACAAUGACCACAACUGAUACUAAGGAUGUCGCUGCAACUGUCGAACAGGUCAUGCAAAUAGCUGAUAGAGGAGCCGAUAUCGUUAGAAUAACAGUGCAAGGGAAACGAGAGGCAGAUGCGUGUUUCGAAAUUAAAAACACUCUCGUUCAAAAAAAUUAUAACAUACCUCUGGUGGCAGACAUUCAUUUUGCACCUUCAGUCGCACUGCGGGUCGCUGAAUGUUUCGAUAAAAUUCGUGUCAACCCUGGAAAUUUUGCUGAUCGGCGUGCCCAGUUUGAACAGUUGGAGUAUACAGAUGAUGAUUAUCAGAAGGAACUUGAGCAUAUUGAGAAGGUUUUUGUCCCGUUGGUUGAAAAAUGCAAGAAAUAUGGAAGAGCGAUGCGCAUUGGUACGAAUCACGGGAGUCUUUCAGAUCGUAUCAUGAGUUACUAUGGUGAUUCUCCUAGGGGAAUGGUUGAAUCUGCAUUUGAGUUUGCAAGAAUCUGCAGGAAAUUAGACUUCCAUAACUUUGUAUUUUCAAUGAAAGCAAGCAAUCCGGUGAUUAUGGUUCAAGCAUAUCGUCUUCUUGUAGCUGAAAUGUAUGUUCAGGGUUGGGACUAUCCUUUGCAUUUGGGAGUCACCGAAGCUGGUGAGGGUGAAGAUGGACGUAUGAAAUCCGCAAUUGGUAUCGGGACACUUCUUCAGGAUGGUCUUGGUGAUACUAUAAGAGUCUCGCUUACCGAACCUCCAGAGGAAGAAAUAGACCCGUGUAGGAAAUUAGCCAAUCUUGGUAUGAAAGCAUCCCAAAUUCAACAAGGGGUGGCACCAUUUGAAGAGAAACAUCGACGCUAUUUCGAUUUUCAAAGGAGAACUGGUGAUUUACCUGUGCAGAAGGAGGGUGAAGAGGUGGAUUAUAGAGGUGUACUCCACCGUGACGGUUCUGUUCUCAUGUCUGUUUCUCUGGAUCAACUCAAGACACCUGAACUCUUCUAUAGAUCACUAGCUGCAAAACUUGUGCUUGGUAUGCCAUUCAAGGAUCUUGCAACUGUAGAUUCUAUCUUAUUGAGAGAGCUUCCACCAGCAGACGAUAAAGAUGCUCGCCUAGCUCUUAAAAGGUUGAUUGAUGUAAAUAUGGGAGUUAUAACUCCUUUGUCAGAACAAUUAACAAAGCCUUUGCCAAACGCCAUGGUGUUGGUAAACCUGAACGAGUUAUCAACCGGAGCUCAUAAGCUUUUACCAGAAGGCACGCGUUUGGUGGUGUCUGUACGCGGUGACGAGUCCUAUGAGGAACUAGAAGUUUUAAAAAGCGUAGAUGCUACGAUGAUUCUUCAUGAUCUGCCGUAUUCAGAUGAAAAAACCGGCAGAGUACACGCUGCUAGAAGGCUAUUUGAAUAUCUAUCCGAAAAUUCACUUAAUUUCCCUGUUCUUCACCACAUAACAUUCCCCAAGGGUAUUCCAAGGGAUGAUUUGGUGAUUAAAGCGGGUGCAAAUGCCGGUGCGCUUUUAGUUGACGGACUUGGAGACGGUAUCUUAUUAGAAGCACCGGAUCAAGAUUUUGAAUUUCUCAGGAAUACAUCUUUUAAUUUGCUACAAGGAUGCAGGAUGCGAAACACUAAGACAGAAUAUGUCUCCUGCCCUUCUUGUGGUAGAACUCUGUUUGAUCUUCAAGAGAUAAGUGCAGAAAUUAGAGAAAAAACAUCACAUUUGCCUGGUGUUUCGAUUGCAAUCAUGGGUUGCAUAGUAAAUGGACCAGGGGAGAUGGCCGAUGCAGAUUUUGGAUACGUCGGUGGUGCUCCUGGAAAGAUUGAUCUUUAUGUUGGAAAGACGGUGGUACAAAGAGGAAUUGCAAUGGAGAAUGCAACGGAUGCAUUGAUUCAACUAAUCAAGGAUAACGGACGUUGGGUGGAUCCUUCUGUGGAAGAGUAAGAUGAUUGGAGUGGAUUCAAGGACAUUUAAGGUUAUUGUAUUAAAUAAAAGGUGAUGAUACUGGAAAGUGUUGUUAUAUUGUGAUGACAUAGUGUAGGUGUCAAGUAUAUUAAUGUUUUAUCAUGUAGAGAUUGUGUAUGGGAUCUAAAAACGUUAAAAUGUGUCACAUGGUAACCUUUUUAACACAACCACCAUACUAUUUCAUUCG